AUGGCGCCCACUCUCUCUGCUGAAGGCAAGGCCAAGCUCGACCAGAUUCUCAAGUCCAACGUCGAGGCCGGCGAUAUUCCCGGCUCGACCUUUGCUGUCGCGACCCCGGAUGCCAAUGCCCCGCUCAUCUACUGGGGCACGGCCGGUGACCGUCACUUUGGCGACCCAAGCAAGGGCCAGAUCAACGAGGACACUGUGCUCCAGCUCAUGUCGAUGACCAAGCUCGUUGUGACGGUCGCGGCUCUUCAGCUCGUCGAACAGGGCAAGCUCUCGCUUGACGACCCUACCCUCAUCGAGAAGACCAUCCCGGAGCUGUGCGACAUGGAGAUCCUCACCGAAGUCACGGAUGGCAAGCCCGUCACCAAGAAGCGCACCAGGCCGGUCACGCUCCGUCACCUCCUCACCCACACCAACGGCAGUGGCUACGACCUCAUGGUGCCUCUUCUCGGCGAAUGGGCCAAGGCAACUGGCCACAAGGGUGUCUUCGCCAACAACCUUUCGAUCAGCUCGUUCCAAUCGCCCCUUAUCUUUGAGCCAGGACAGGGCUGGAACUACUCGCUGGGUCUCGACUGGACGGGUAUCCUUAUCGAACGCGUAACCGGCCAGUCGUUGGAUGCGUACUUCAAGGAGCACAUCUUCAACCCCAUCAACGCCAAGACCCUCACGUUUACCCCUACGCCCAAGCACUAUGAGAACCUCCAGACUCCUACUACACGCGAUGAUAAGGAUAAGCUAUUUGCUUUCCCCGGAGCCCGCGAGACAACGCUCGAGUCGAUCGAGGGCCAGGCUUCCGGUGGCGCCGGCCUCUAUGGUACUGCCAGAGACUACCUCAUCUUCUUGCAGGCCGUCAUGCGCUGCAAGGAACCCGGAGGCAUCAUCUCGCCCGAGUCGUACAAGCUCAUCUACACCGAACAGCGCCCCGAGGCUCCUGAGGGAACCUAUGAAGGCCAGUAUGGUUUCGCCGCCCUCAUCCCCCACAUCCACCCGGACCUAGUCAAGAACAAGCAGCUUGGUCACUCCCUCGGAGGCUUUAUCAGCAAGGCUGACUCGCCACACGGCCGCAAGGCCGGUACUGACUGGUGGGAAGGCAUCUACAAGACUUUCUACUGGAUGGACCCAACCACUGGUGUCUGCGGCGUCUUCACAACCCAGCUAUUCAGGUUCGGCAUUCCAGACCACUUCGAGAAGGUGUUCAACGACCUGGAGCGCACGCUGUACGACAAUCUCUCGUAG